GCACCGAUCACUUCAACUUCAAGUCGAGCGGUCCGAGCGACCUUCCGGAGCCCCCCGGCCGAGCCGCAGAGCCGAGCCCAGUGUCAGCCCGCUAGCCCAGACCUACUUACGCAGGCAUUCCGACAACAUCUCACGGGGCCGUCGCACCAGGACACCUCGCAGCAAUGGCAGAGAAGGCAGAUAUUGCAUUGAUUGGUCUGGCCGUCAUGGGCCAGAACCUAAUCCUCAACAUGAACGAUCAUGGAUUUGUUGUUUGUGCUUACAACCGCACAACAGAAAAAGUAGAUCAGUUUUUAGCCAAUGAAGCAAAAGGAACAAAAGUUAUUGGAGCCCACAGUUUGGAAGAAAUGGUAGCUAAACUGAAGAAACCACGACGUGUUAUGAUGCUUGUGAAAGCUGGAAGUGCUGUGGAUGACUUUAUUGCCAAACUGGAGCCUCUUCUUGAGGCAGGUGACAUAAUCAUUGACGGAGGAAACUCUGAAUAUCAAGAUACCCAGAGGCGAACAAAGGAUCUUAAGACUCGUGGUUUAUUAUUUGUGGGCUCUGGUGUGUCUGGUGGAGAAGAUGGGGCCCGUUAUGGACCCUCUCUCAUGCCUGGUGGUAAUCCAGAGGCUUGGCCCUACAUCAAAGAUAUUUUCCAGUCCAUUGCUGCAAAGGUGGGAAAUGAACCCUGUUGUGAUUGGGUGGGUGAGGAUGGAGCUGGCCACUUUGUCAAGAUGGUGCACAAUGGUAUUGAAUAUGGUGACAUGCAGCUCAUCUGUGAGGCAUAUCACCUUAUGAAAAGUGCCCUAGGUCUCAGCCCUGAUGAAAUGAGCCGCGUUUUUGAAGAGUGGAACAAAGGAGAGCUUGACUCAUUUCUUAUUGAAAUCACUAAGGAUAUUUUGAAGUUCAAGGACUCAGAUGGCCUUCCUUUAGUGGAAAAAAUCCGUGAUUCUGCUGGUCAGAAAGGCACUGGAAAAUGGACUGCCAUUUCCGCUCUUGACUAUGGUCAACCUGUUACUCUAAUUGGUGAGUCUGUGUUUGCUCGCUGCUUGUCAUCACUCAGUGAUGAGCGAUCUCAAGCAAGUAAGGUUCUUAAGGGCCCCCAAAAUACCCAGUACUCUGGAGAUAAGAAAGAAUUUUUGGAACACAUCAGACAGGCUCUGUACGCCUCUAAAAUUGUCUCAUACGCUCAAGGCUUUAUGCUUUUGCGUGAAGCUGCUAAAGUUCAUGGAUGGAACCUUAACUAUGGAGGUAUUGCACUAAUGUGGCGUGGAGGUUGCAUCAUUCGAAGUGUAUUCCUGGGUAACAUCAAGGCAGCAUUUGAAAAGAAUCCAAGCCUUGUCAAUCUGCUUCUUGAUCCAUUCUUCACAGCAGCAGUGCACAAAUGCCAAUCAUCAUGGCGUACGGUUGUAGCUACAGCUGCUCAGCUUGGAAUCCCUGUGCCUUGCUUCAGCACAGCCCUUGCAUUUUAUGAUGGAUAUCGCGCUGAGCGGCUACCUGCCAAUCUCAUCCAGGCCCAGCGUGACUACUUUGGAGCUCACACUUAUGAACUGUUGACACGUCCUGGUCAAUUCAUUCAUACUAACUGGACUGGUCAUGGUGGUAAUGUCUCUGCAAGUACAUACCAGGCUUAAGCUCAGGCCAACAACUUCUUGGACAUGAAAUACAUUCCCCUUAAGAGCAUUAUCUGAAGUAUUGAAAAAUAUACUGUGUUUGAGGGAGUUGGAAGUUAACUUAAAUACAACUUCGACUACUGUUUCACCUGUUAUGUAGUACAACAUACGGCUGUCUGAAGCUAAGAACAAGAAAUAGCAGUAUUGAUCCCUUGAUAUGGUAUGGUAGCCAUCACUACUGCCAUUCUUUUAACUUAUUUUUUCAAUGAAAUGGACCCUUUCACAGGGUUUCUUUGGUUGUGAUCAAAAACCUUAUCAUUCCUGUCAUGUAUUUUAAUUGAUUUUUGAGAACUUUUAUGAUUUAAGAUUUUUGGAUACUUAUUUAUACAUAAAUUUUAUAUUGUGUUUGAUGUUAAGCUGUCAUAAAUUAUGUGUGUUGAUACUUGAGUGCAUUUCGUUUGUUGUAAAGGUAAGAUUCUAUUUUGUUUACUGUUGGUCACAGAAAUAAAUGUAAAGUAUCUUGUACUAUUCUAUCAUAAA